AUGCGCUUGUCUUUGAGUCAACCUUGCUUCUCAGGGACACUCCUGAUCAUGUUGAUGUUCAAUCUUUUCCUUUGGGAGAAGGUAGCCUCUGUUCCUGUAUAUACGAGUUUUUCUGGCUAUGAUGGAAUGUCUCUAAGUGAGCUUCUGGAUCAUGCCGUGACAGAGUCUUAUAAUAUCAGAGAUCUCACUGCAGAAAUGCACAGGAUAUUUCUGGAGGAUGUGCGAUAUACACCAGGCCGGUGGUUCCCAGAAAGAGACCUUACUGCCUGCCACACAUCUGCCUUAUCUGUUUUGAUCCCUAAGAAUGGAGCCCAGCAGUUCUGGGGUGAAUUCCUUCUGAAAGAGACGAUUGGCAUGUUGGGUGCUUGGAAUAACCCUCUGCAUCACAUCACAACUGAACUAAGUCAUAUGGAAAACGCCCCUAAUGAUAUCAUAUCAAAAGCAAAAGUGAUUGAAGGAAAAAUAAAAGAACUUUUAGAGGCUCUAAAGAGCAUAAUCAGCAAGGUUCAUCCUGGAUUCUCAGAUUAUAGAUAUCCCACCUGGAAUGGACUGGCAUCCUUGCAGUCAUCUGAUGAAGACACUCGCUUUUUUGCUUUGUAUGACUUACUCCAGUGCCUGAAGAAGGAUACACAUAAGGUUCUCUCUAAUGUCAGUCUCCUGAAGUGCCAAUUUGUCUAUAGAAGAGAGUGUUAA